GUUCCUUUUCACAUUGACGUCUGUGGUCUCGUACGUGCAGGAAUAAACGUGAUUAUACGGUACUAAGGCUGGAGUGGAGGGAGGGACAGCGAUACAGCGGCGCUGAUCGAGCAUCACUCAAAACCAAACCCUAGAGGAUCAUGGGAGGUGUGGCGGUGGAUGAGGGCUCCGGUCGGGUGAAGGCCCCAGAUGGGGGGUGGGGUUGGGCGGUCCUGGUGGGCUGUUUCGUCAUCACAGGCUUCUCCUACGCCUUUCCUAAGGCGGUCAGCGUGUUCUUCAAAGAGCUCAUCAGGGAGUUUGGAGUGGGUUACAGUGACACUGCCUGGAUCUCCUCUAUUCUGCUGGCCAUGCUCUAUGGCACAGGUCCUCUGUGCAGUGUGCUGGUGAAUCGUUACGGGUGUCGGCCUGUUAUGAUGGUGGGGGGCCUGUUUGCCUCCCUGGGCAUGAUCCUGGCAUCCUUCGCCACCAGCAUCAUCCACAUUUACCUGUGCACUGGAGUCAUCACAGGCCUUGGUCUGGCGUUGAACUUCCAGCCCUCUCUGAUCAUGCUGAACCGCUACUUUAGCGAGAAGCGUCCCCUGGCUAACGGGCUGUCGGCGGCGGGCAGCCCCGUGGCGCUCUGCUGCCUCUCCCCCCUGGGCCAGGUGCUGCAGUUCCAGUACGGCUGGAGGGGGGGCUUCCUCAUCCUGGGGGGGCUGCUGCUCAACUGUUGUGUCUGCGGGGCCCUCAUGAGGCCCCUGGUGGCCCCCAAGGGCCCCGAGCUCACGGAUGAGGAGAAGGAGAAGGCGGACGGCGAGAAGGACAGAGAGGAGGCGGGGAAGGGCAAGCCGAAGGCCAAAGCGAAGCUGCUGGACUUCUCCGUGUUCAAGGACCGCGGGUUCCUCAUCUACACCAUCUCUGCCUCCAUCAUGGUGCUGGGGCUGUUCGUGCCCCCCGUGUUCGUGGUGAGCUACGCCAAGGAGAUGGGGAACGAGGACACCAAGUCCGCCCUGCUGCUCAGCAUCCUGGGCUUCAUCGACAUCUUCGCUCGGCCCACGUGCGGCGUGAUCGCGGGGCUCAAGUGGGUUCGCCCGCGCUGCGUCUACCUCUUCAGCUUCGCCAUGCUCUUCAACGGCAUCACGGACCUCAUCGGAUCCCAGGCUAACGACUAUGCUUCCCUGGUGGUCUUCUGUGUGUUCUUCGGCAUCUCUUACGGGAUGGUGGGGGCUCUCCAGUUUGAGGUUCUCAUGGCGAUCGUCGGCACGGAGAAGUUCUCCAGUGCCAUCGGAUUAGUUCUUCUGAUGGAAGCCAUGGCUGUGCUCGUCGGUCCUCCCGGAGCAGGUCGGCUCCUGGACGCCACCAAGAACUACAUGUACGUGUUCUUGCUGGCAGGAAGUGAGGUGGUCCUCUCGGCUGUGGUGCUCGCUACGUGUAACUUCCUGUUUAUCAAGACAAAGUCGUCAGAGCCGGGGGCGGAACUGGAGAGCGGGCCGGUGGCCAGCGAGAUGGAGCAACUCAACAAGCCGCCCCUGGACGGAGUGGAGGAGAAGGGAGAAAAGGAGGAGAGAGAGAAAACAGAGGUGAAGGAGAUCAAAGAGAAGGAGGACACCGAAAACGAGAAGGACAAGGCGGAGAUCAGACCAGACAGCAUAACGGUAGACUCUGAAGAGGUGGAGAAGUUCCUGAAAGAACCGGAACAUAAUGGCAGCGUGCUCUCCAGCCCAGAAACCUGCCUGUGAAGGGAAAGCGAGCUCAGAGACACAAACCUGUAAACCAGUGCAAGGCAGUUGGAAGCUCUGUUUCGAAGAAGUGACCUGCGGAGCACCUAGAGGUCGUCAGAGCUGUCCCCACCCUCCAGUAUUUAUUUGCGGUGUCGUAUGUUGUGUUUGUUGUUUGUGGGGCUGUGCCAUGGCAAGACGCUCCAAUGACACAGACAUGCAAACCUUAGGCAAAAUAGAUUUUGAGUAUUACUCUAACCAGCAUUGCCACGUGAAAUAUGGGCCAACAGUCGUUGUGACUGAUGUGUCAAAUUCCAGCACAGUAUAUAACGGAUUUGUGUGGAUUUGUGUUACCUCACACACACUAUAGACCAACCAAUUUGACUGUAGAUCUUGAGAGAACCUGCUAGAAUCAACUGUUAGAGGAGAAAGGAAAGGCAGAACGGAGAGUACUAAUUUGUGACCAGUGUAGAACUUGCCGAUGUUCAAAGUUUAAACAAAGAUUUAAUUGCGGUUGAUAUCAAAUGGAUAUUGAUAUUAAAGGUAAUUACACUUCAAACGCUUAUGGAUUUGGAAACCAGCGAACACGGAAGAGAGUUUGCCAGACUGUUACUGUUCCUUUCCUCAAGGCUGAACGGCACAGCCUCACUGUUAGUCCAGCAUUCACAUUACCUGCUUUAGUGUUUGAGUCACCAUCAAAUAUAACUUACCUUGUGGCAGGGACGUCACUGUUUUAGUCCUUGGACAAUUAUUAGUGUGCUGUGUGUAUGUAAAUAAGGUUGGUUGAAUUGGUGAGAUUGAAGGUGAGAGGGAGGAAGCUAAACAGAGAGCCCAGGGGACGAGGUGUGGGGGGUCAUAUGGAGGAUGAACAUGUCAGACCUGGAGUCUCUGGACAGGUACUGUAACAGCCACCACCACCACCCCCUUAUGAACCAGAGGAAGCUAAACAGAGUGGAAGCAAAUGAAUUGAUGCUAGGUUGCGUUAACCUAGAGCUAACGCUAUGCUCCUAGAUCCGAAUACAAGCUUUACAUGUAAUUGUGUCUGUAUUGUGUGUGUAUCCGAAGGAAAAAUAAACCGUGAGAGAGAGAGAGAGAGAGAGAGAGAGAGAGAGAGAGAGAGAAAUGAAAAUCAAGAGACCAAGAGACAAAGUGAGAGAUGCAGAGACAGGCAACAUUCUUUCAAAGAGAAGUUUGUGUUUCGGUCUGGUCUUGACAGAUGGCAGUUCACAUUAUUGUCACUUACAAUACGUUUCAUAGAACUAGCAGACAGGCCUUUCAGAGACAACUUCCAACGCCAUAAUCAAAUCAAGACAGAGAUUGCUGGAUAUGUGACAUUUCAUCAUAAUUGUCUGUAGAAUGUAUUACACAUUUGUUUUCCAUAUUCAGGGUAUAUGGAAUAACGUAUUGCUCCCCAAAUGAGUUGUAUUUAUUUGCUUAAAUGACAAUGUUAAUACAUUAUUUUAAAACUUGAAUUUAGACAGUGCUGCUACAGUAUGCAGGAUAACGUUACUAAGGUGACGUGGGCAUUAUUUGUUUUUGGACAUCCGUUGGCAGCUAAACUGAAAAACAAAACAAAGAACCUCAAGUUGUUACAGUUGAAUGACGCCUCUAUCAUUUAGUUUAUUACAUAAUAAUGAAACUGUCCCACUGUCAGGGGUUGGAGCCUGAAUUCUAUGAGCUAUUCAAAACAUGUAAUUCGUUCAGUUUUACAAGUUUCUCAGUUUCAUGGGUGUUUCUAAAAGGAAACACAAUGAGUAAACAUUUUAGAGUAAAACUGAUGACUUAACUUUAAAAUAGUCACAUGUACUUUUUUAAGGACGAACAUCUAUACCAAAAUUGACGACCAGACCUACUGAAGUUUUCAGCUCAUGAAUCAUUCCUGAACAUCCAAUCGGUUCUUAAAUUAUAAGGCUAAUGAGUGUUUUUGAAACACUUAAAACACCCUCAAGGCAGGCACUGUAACAGCUGAGCGGUUCUUGUUUUACGCACACUCCGAUGCAUGCCCAUUCGUUUUGGGAACCAUUUUGUGUACUCUGACUGUGAUCUAGAGACGCCCCGACAUCCGGAAAGCAUUUCCCAUGAUCCCACAACCAGAAAUUAAACAUCCAUGUGACGUCCUCACUCAUCAGACAAAGGUUGCAGUGUUAAUACGUGUUUGUAUACAAAUGUAUUUUGAAAAUGCCAAUUGUUAUUCCCAAUCAUCCUAUUGGUUCUUUCAUUGACAUUUCACUCCACCGAACACAUACCUGGGGACUCCUCCAACUUGUCUCUAUUGUUGCGUCUCUGUCUGGUGAUGUCUGGUUCAAGUGACCAAUAAUUAUAGAUUGAUGAAGAAAUAAAUUUGUUUUCUU